GCCAGGGACUGCGCAGCCAAGAGCUGGGCGCGCCGUGCGGGCAGGGAGCAAACACAGUGGGCCUUGGGUGAGUGAAUUCUACACAACUGGCCAAGCAUGAUGAAUGGCCACACCUCUCCUCCUCUUGAUGUCCUGGCCACCAACGGCACUGAGCUGACCACCGUCCCCGGGACCACGAAGGCCAUGCUGGGAACCAGCACCCCCUCUGGGCCCCAAUCCAAGAGCAUCGCUGGGGUAUACGUGGAGGCCUCCUGCCAGGCUCAGAGUCUCUACACCGCCAUGAAGCAGGGCCUCCUGUCCGGUGAGCUUGGGCUGGCUCUGCUGGAGGCCCAGGCCGCCACUGGGGGCCUUGUAGACCCCACGCAGGGCCACUUCCUCUCUGUGUCUGAGGCCGUGCGGCAGGGCCUGGUAGGCCUGGAGCUAAAGGAGAGGCUCCUGGCUGCUGAGCGGGCCGUCACUGGGUACCCCGAUCCCUACGGUGGCGGGAGGCUGGCACUCUUCCAGGCCAUCAGGAAGGAGGUGCUGGAGCGAGCACUGGGGUGCAGCUGGCUAGAGGCCCAGCUGGCUACUGGGGGCCUGGUAGAUCCCAUUCGGGGUGUGCGAGUGGCCCCAGAGCUGGCCUGCCAGCAGGGCCUCCUAGACCAGGAGACGUGGCGUGGCCUGGCAGAGGGCAAGCCCAGCUCCGGUGCCCGUGGCUUCCUGAACCCCAACACGGGGGAGUGGCUGUCCUACCGCAGGCUGCUGGGCAAGUGCGUGAGAGACCCCAGUACAGGGCUGGCUCUGCUGCCCCUCAAGACCACUUUCCAGACCCUGAGUGGGGCAGUGAGCUUGGCAGAGCUGCUGGAGGUGGGGGUCCUGGAUGGGGAGACCGCCCGGGGCCUUCAGGAGGGCAAGCUGGUGGCGUCAGAUGUAAGCAGAUGGGCCUCUGUGAAGCGCUACCUGCAGGGCGUGGGUGGCGUGGCAGGGGUUGUCCUGCUGCCCGCAGGCCACAAGAAGAGCUUCUUCCAGGCCAUCACUGAGCACCUGCUCCCGAUGGGCACGGCACUCCCGCUCCUGGAGGCUCAGGCUGCCACCUGCACGCUGGUGGACCCAGCCACCGGCCGGCGGCUAAUGGUGGAUGAGGCCGUCAGGUCAGGCCUGCUCGGCCCAGAGCUCCACAGGCAGCUGCUGGUGGCCGAGCAGGCGGUGACGGGGUAUGAUGACCCCUUCAGCAGCGGGCGAGUCUCCCUCUUCCAGGCCAUGAAGAAGGAGCUGGUAGACAGGCCUCUGGCACUGCGACUCCUGGAUGCCCAGCUGGCCACAGGUGGUCCAGUGUGUCCAGCCCGCAGGCUCCGGCUGCCCCUGGAGGCCGCCCUGCGCCUCGGAUGCCUGGACGAAGAGACGUGGCAGUGUGUCUCCCGGGCCACUGGCUUCUCAGACCCCAGCACACGGGGGAGCCUUGGCUAUGGGCAGCUGAUGGCCCGCUGUGUCACCGAUCCAGAGACAGGGCUGGCCUUCCUUCCUCUCUCAGACGGGGCCCUCGGAGGGGAGCCACAAGGACCCCCAUUCAUUGACCACAGCACCCGGCAGGCCUUAAGUGAGGCCACGGCCACCAUCUCCAUGGGCAAGUUCCAGGGCCGGCCCGCGUCACUCUGGGAGCUGCUCUUCUCCGAGCCCAUCUCCACAGAGCAGAGGGCAGCACUGGCCCAGCAGCACCAGGAAGGCACCAUCUCGUUGGAAGAACUGGCGGCGGUGCUGAGGGCCACCCUGGAGCAGGCUGCAGCCACGGCCAGGACCACCUUUGCUGGGCUCAGGGGGCCCGUGACGCCAGAUGAGCUGUUGAAAGCAGGGAUCAUUGACCAGGACGUGUACGAGCAGCUGAAGCGAGGACAAACCACAGCCCAGGAAGUGGGCAGGCUGGACUCGGUCCAGAGGUACCUGCAGGGCACUGGCUGCAUCGCGGGCGUGCUGCUGACCGGCUCCCGGGAGCGGCUCAGUAUCUACGAGGCUCGCGGGAAGGGGCUUCUCAGGCAUGGCACAGCACUCAUCCUCCUGGAGGCCCAGGUGGCCACGGGCUUCAUCCUUAACCCAAAGGAAAACAAGACAUACUCUGUAGAGGAGGCACUGAGGGCCGGCCUCAUUGGGCCUGAUGUGUUUGCAAAGCUGCUGUCGGCCGAGCGCGCCGUCACCGGCUACAAGGACCCCUACACCGGGCAGCAGAUCUCCCUCUUCCAGGCCAUGAAGAAGGAGCUCAUCGUCCGCGACCACGGCAUCCGCCUGCUGGAGGCCCAGAUCGCCACGGGCGGCAUCAUCGACCCCGUGCACAGCCACCGCGUGCCCGUGGACGUGGCCUACCAGCGUGGCUACUUCGACGAGGAGAUGAACCGCGUCCUGGCGGACCCGAGCGACGACACCAAGGGCUUCUUCGACCCCAACACGCACGAGAACCUCACGUACCUGCAGCUGCUGGAGCGCUGUGUGCUCGACCCCGAGACGGGGCUGCGCCUGCUGCCCCUCGGCCGCUCGCAGCCCGAGCUGGUGGAUGGCACCACCCGACGGGCCUUCCAGAGCCUGCUGCUGUCUGUGAGGUAUGGGCGGUUCCGGGGACAAAGGGUUUCCGCAUGGGAGCUGAUCAACUCAGAGUGCUUCGGCGAGGACCAGCGGAGGCAGGUCCUGCGGGACUACCGACAGCACAGGGUGUCACUGGCACAGGUGGUCCAGCUGCUGGGGAGAGCAGUGGGCAGGUGGGUGGACAUCACGCUGCCCAUGCUCCGGGGCCGAGUCACAGCCUACCAGCUCUGGGAGGCCCAAAUCAUUGACCAAGAGCUGCUGGACCGGGUGCUGGAGGGGGCAGUGAGCCCCGAGGCCCUCCUCCACAUGGACGGCGUCCAGCGGGCCCUGCGUGGCUCGGGUGCCGUGGGUGGCGUGCUGCUGCAGUCCUCCAGCCAGCGGCUCGGCCUCUACCAGGCCAUGAAGCAGAAGCUGCUGGGGCCAGGUGUGGUGCUAGCCCUGCUGGAGGCUCAGGCGGCCACUGGAGCCAUUGUUGACCACCACAGUCUGGAGACCCUGUCCGUGGAUGAGGCCGUGCGCAGGAGGCUGGUGGGCCCAGAGCUGUACUGCAGGCUAAGGCAGGCAGAAGACGCUGUCAGCGGCUUCAGAGACCCCUUCUCUGGGGAGUGGGUAUCCCUGUUCCAGGCCAUGAAGAAGGGCCUUGUCCCUGUAGAUCAGGCUGCCCGCCUCCUGGAUGCCCAGGUGGCCACAGGAGGGGUCAUUGACCCCACAGGCCACCUUCGCCUCCCCAUGCCCGUGGCCACCCAGCGUGGCUACCUCGACCAGGAAAUGGCGAUGGCCUUGUCCAGCUCCUCCAAGACCUUCCCCACGCCAGAUGGCCGGGGACACACCAGCUAUGCCCAGCUCCUGGACCAGUGUGUGAGGGACGAGGCCUCUGGGCUUUACUUCCUGCCCCUGCCAGAAAAUGCUGCUGCUGUCCCCACUGACGAGCAGGUCCAGUCGACCCUGCAGGCCGUGCCGGGGGCUGAGGACGGCACGUCCCUCUGGGAGCUCCUGAGCUCUUGCUGCUUCACCGAUGAACAGCGGAAGAGCCUCUUGGAGGACUUCAGGGCAGGGAAGACCACGGUGCAGCAGCUUCAGGAAAUGGUGCAGAAGCAGGUGCGCGAGGCAGAGCUCCUGGCACAGGCUCGUGUCACGGUGCCCGGCCCAAGGGGGGAGAUUCCUGCCGUCUGGCUGCUGGACGCCAGCAUCAUCACCCAGGAGACCCUGGUGGCGCUGGCUCAGGGCACACAGUCACCUGCUGAGGUUGCUGAGCAACCCGCCGUGAAGGCCUGCCUGUGGGGUACGGGCUGUGUAGCCGGUAUGCUGUUGCAGCCGUCGGGGGCCAAGGUCAGCAUCAGCCAGGCCAUGAGGGACGGCCUCUUGCCCGAGGGCCUGGGGCGAAGGCUGCUGGAGGCCCAAGUGGCAUCCGGCUCCCUCAUUGACCCACUGACCAACCGGAGGCUAUCUGUGGAAGGUGCCAUCAAGGCCGGCCUGGUGGCUGGGGCACUGCAUGAGCAGCUGCAACAAGCCAAGAGGGCCGUGACCUGGCACAAUGACCCCUAUUCAGGAGGCGCCCUCUCACUGUGGCAGGCCAUGGAGAAGGGGCUAGUGCCCCAAAGUGAGGGCCUCCCCCUCCUACAGGUGCAGUUGGCCACAGGGGGUGCAGUGGACCCUGUCCACGGGGUGCACCUGCCCGAGGCGGCGGCCUGCAGGCUUGGCCUCCUGGAUGAGCAGGUCAGCCGGGUGCUAACAUCAACAGCCGAGGACAGUAAGUUCUUCUUCGACCCCAGCGCACAGGACAAGGUGACGUACCACCAACUCAAGGAGCGCUGUGUCCUGGACACUGACACCGGCCUGUGGCUGCUUCCGCUUGCCCAGGACAGGGUGCUAAAGGUGGACGAGCACACGCUGGUGGCCCUGAGGGCCAUGAAGGUGCCUGUCGGCACUGGGAGGUUCAAAGGUCUCAGUGUGUCACUGUGGGACCUGCUCCACUCAGAGUACGUCGACAUCCAUAAACGGCGGGAGCUGGUGGUGCUCUGCCAGUCCGGGAGGGCCACCGCCCUGCGGCACGUGGCUGUGGCCGUCACCACCCUGGUUGAGACCUCAGAGAGACAGCCCUCACAGGCCAGCUUUAGAGGACUCCGGAAGCUGGUGUCGGCCAGUGACUUAUUUAGGUCCCAGCUGAUUGACAAGGAGACGCUGGACGCGCUGAAUCAGGGCAGAAGGACGGUGCAGGAGGUGACGGAGAGGAGCAGCAUCAGGUGGUACCUGGAGGGAGGCAACUUCAUUGCUGGGGUCCUCAUCCAGGGCACAAAGGAGAAGAUGAGCAUCUACCAGGCCAUGUGGAAGGGCGUCCUGCGGCCCGGCACGGCCCUGGUGCUGCUGGAGGCGCAGGCGGCCACCGGCUUCCUCAUCGACCCCGUGCGCAACCAGAGGCUGUCCGUGGAGGAGGCGGUGGCCGCGGGCGUGGUGGGCGGUGAGAUCCAGGAGAAGCUGCUGUCGGCCGAGCGCGCCGUCACCGGCUACACGGACCCUUACACCGGGGAGCAGAUCUCCCUCUUCCAGGCCAUGAAGAAGGAGCUCAUCGUCCGCGACCACGGCAUCCGCCUGCUGGAGGCCCAGAUCGCCACGGGCGGCAUCAUCGACCCCGUGCAGAGCCACCGCGUGCCCGUGGACGUGGCCUACCAGCGCGGCUACUUCGACGAGGAGAUGAACCGCGUCCUGGCGGACCCGAGCGACGACACCAAGGGCUUCUUCGACCCCAACACGCACGAGAACCUCACGUACCUGCAGCUGCUGGAGCGCUGUGUGCUCGACCCCGAGACGGGGCUCUACCUGUUACAAAUUGUGAAGAAAGGAGAAACCUACAUUUAUAUUGAUGAAGCCUCAAAGCAGCUUCUGCAAUCCCAAACUAUGACCAUGCACGUGGGGAGGUUCGCCAGUCAGAAGGUCUCCCUCUGGGACCUACUGUCGUCUCAGUACUUCACAGAAGAAAGGAAACGGGAGCUCAUCCACAAGUACAGAGCCCAGAAUAUGUCCCUAGAGCAGCUGUUGGGGGUCAUCACUGCUACGGUGGAAGAAAUAGAGGAGCAAUACCAAGGCAUGAAGGUGGCAGCCAUCCGUGGAGAGGUGACAGCUGUAGAGUUGUUCAACUCUGGAGUCAUUGAUAAAAGGACCCUGGAUGCCCUGUCCCGGGAGAAAUCAGGGGGGCAGGAUCUCAGCAGGUUGGCGCACGUGAGGCCCUAUCUGGAAGGCAGUGGCUGCAUUGCGGGGGUGAUUAUACCCUCUACCCAAGAGGUGAUGAGCUUCUACGAGGCCAGCAGGAAAGGACUCAUCCCCAUGGGGUUUGCGGCUCAGCUGCUGGAGGCCCAGGCAGCCACGGGAUUCAUGCUGGAUCCCUGCAGCCAGAAGAGGCUCUCUGUGCAGUAUGCCGUGGCUGAGGGCCUGGUGGGUGAAGAACUGAAGGCGAGGCUUCUGGAUGCUGAGAAGGCCGCCCUAGGCUACACAGACCCAGCCACAGGAGACACAAUCUCACUGUUCCAGGCCAUGCAGAGGAAGUUCGUCCAAAGAGAGGAAGCGCUGAGACUGCUGGAGGUGCAGGUGGCCACGGGGGGCAUCAUCGACCCCCUGCACCACCACCGGCUCCCACUGGACAUGGCCUACAGACGGAGUUGUCUGCACCAGGACACAUACCCACUCGUUGCAGAUCAGAAGCACAUGAACAAAAGGUAUGUGGAUCCAAACACUCAGGAGAGGGUCACGUACCAACAGCUACAGGAGAGGAGCCAAAAAGAAGCAGGGACUGAUUGGGCUCUCUUCCUGGUAGUCAGGGACCACCAAACCUGUGCCUAUAUUGACAAGGCAACAAGGAGGGCCUUAGAAGCCGAGCAGGUGCAGGUCCCGGUGGGAAGGUACAAGGACCAGAAGCCAUCACUGUGGGAGCUUCUCAACUCUGAGUACGUGCCCCACGAGAUGAAACUCCAGUUAAUCACUGACUAUAAAGUAAACAUGACCCAGGCACUGGAAAAGGUAGUAAACACUAUUUUAGAACUAAUAGAUGAGAAAGAAAAAAGCAAGAAGGAACUAUGGUUCCCAGGUAUCCGAAAACAAAUCACGGCUUCGGAACUCAUCGAUGCAGAAAUCAUCAGCAAAGCGGUGAUGGGUGACCUGGAAAAGGGCACCAAGACCCUGCAGGAGGUGACGGAGAUGGACUCGGUGAAGCGCUACCUGCAGGGCACGGGCUGCAUCGCGGGCGUGCUGGUGCCCGCCAAGGACGAGCCCGGGCGGCAGGAGAAGAUGAGCAUCUACCAGGCCAUGUGGAAGGGCGUCCUGCGGCCCGGCACGGCCCUGGUGCUGCUGGAGGCGCAGGCGGCCACCGGCUUCGUCGUCGACCCCGUGCGCAACCAGAGGCUGUCCGUGGAGGAGGCGGUGGCCGCGGGCGUGGUGGGCGGCGAGAUCCAGGAGAAGCUGCUGUCGGCCGAGCGCGCCGUCACCGGCUACACGGACCCCUACACCGGGGAGCAGAUCUCCCUCUUCCAGGCCAUGAAGAAGGAGCUCAUCGUCCGCGACCACGGCAUCCGCCUGCUGGAGGCCCAGAUCGCCACGGGCGGCAUCAUCGACCCCGUGCACAGCCACCGCGUGCCCGUGGACGUGGCCUACCAGCGCGGCUACUUCGACGAGGAGAUGAACCGCGUCCUGGCGGACCCGAGCGACGACACCAAGGGCUUCUUCGACCCCAACACGCACGAGAACCUCACGUACCUGCAGCUGCUGGAGCGCUGUGUGCUCGACCCCGAGACGGGGCUGCGCCUGCUGCCGCUGGCCGGCCGGGGCUCCGCCGUGCACCAGCUGAGCGAGGAGCUGCGCGGCGCCCUGCGGGACGCCCGCGUGACGCCGGGCGACGGCGUCCUCCAGGGCCAGAGCGUCUCCGUCUGGGAGCUCCUGUUCUACCGGGAGGUGCCCGAGGGCCUGCGGCAGGACCUGCUGCGCAGGUACCAGGCGGGCGCGCUGACCGUGCAGGAGGUGGGCGCCGCCCUCACCCCGCUGCUGGCCCGUGCCGCCGCCGCCGAGAGCGGGGUCCCGCGCCCGGCCCCGCCGGACCCCCGCGGGGCCCUGCGUGCCGCCACCAUGGAGGUCAGGGUGGGCCGCCUGCGCGGGCCGGCGGUGCCCGUGUGGGACGUGCUGGCGUCCAGCUACGUGAGCGGCGCCACGCGGGAGCAGCUACUGGCCGGCUUUGGCUCGGGGACGCUGGCCUUGCCGGCGCUGACCCGCAGGCUGACCACCAUCAUCGAGGAGGCGGAGGCGGCCGGUGGGCCCGAGCGCGCUCAGGGCGACGCCGCCCGCGGCCCGCAAGAGGCCGGGCCAGCCGGGCGCGGUGGCGGGGACGGCGACGGCGACGGCGACGGCGACGGCGACGCGGGGCCGUCCCCGGGCCAGGCCGCCGCCGAGCCCGCCGCCGGUGGCCCCCAGGAGCAGGCCCUGCGUGCCGCCACCGUGGAGGUGCACGCCGGGCAGUUCCGGGGGCAGCGGCCCUCCGCGUGGGAGGUCCUCUUCUCCUCCUACCUGAGCCGGGCCCGCCGGGAUGAGCUUCUGGCCCAGCACGCGGCCGGCGCCCUGGCCGUGCCCGCCCUGGUCACCAUCCUCACCCAGGCCGUCGAGGAGGUGGAGGAGCGGCUGAGCAAGGUGUCCUUCCGGGGCCUGAGGCGCCAGGUGUCCGCCUCCGAGCUGCACACGUCCGGGAUCCUGGGCCCCGAGACCCUGCGGGGCCUGGCCCAGGGCACCAAGACCCUGCAGGAGGUGACGGAGAUGGACUCGGUGAAGCGCUACCUGCAGGGCACGGGCUGCAUCGCGGGCGUGCUGGUGCCCGCCAAGGACGAGCCCGGGCGGCAGGAGAAGAUGAGCAUCUACCAGGCCAUGUGGAAGGGCGUCCUGCGGCCCGGCACGGCCCUGGUGCUGCUGGAGGCGCAGGCGGCCACCGGCUUCGUCGUCGACCCCGUGCGCAACCAGAGGCUGUCCGUGGAGGAGGCGGUGGCCGCGGGCGUGGUGGGCGGCGAGAUCCAGGAGAAGCUGCUGUCGGCCGAGCGCGCCGUCACCGGCUACACGGACCCCUACACCGGGGAGCAGAUCUCCCUCUUCCAGGCCAUGAAGAAGGAGCUCAUCGUCCGCGACCACGGCAUCCGCCUGCUGGAGGCCCAGAUCGCCACGGGCGGCAUCAUCGACCCCGUGCACAGCCACCGCGUGCCCGUGGACGUGGCCUACCAGCGCGGCUACUUCGACGAGGAGAUGAACCGCGUCCUGGCGGACCCGAGCGACGACACCAAGGGCUUCUUCGACCCCAACACGCACGAGAACCUCACUUACGCAGAGCUUCUCCAGAGAGCUUCCGUCGAGCCAGAGACGGGCCUCUUAUUUCUUUCCAUUAUUUGAGCAGAAUGGCCUUUCUUGACAUUGUUGAUUCGUUUUCUAUAAACAUAUGUCUGUAUUUCAGCAAUCUCCAAAAAGUCCGAUUACUUUUGUAAUGUAUCCUCCUUGUUAAAUAUAUAUAUAUAUAUCUGGAGAGAAGCUAAUAAUUUCCAUUUUCCUUCUAACGUCUUCAUGUUUCCCAUCUUGUGCUAAAAUGAGUAUAUGUGGGCACCUGGGUGCCUCAGUCGUUGGGCGUCUGCUUUCGGCUCAGGUCAUGAUCCCAGGCUCCUGGGAUCGAGCCCCGCAUGGAGCCCCGAAUCGAGCCCCACAGAGAGCCCCGCAUCGG